AUGAUGUUGAGAGUGCUAUUCAGAGCCUCGAAGUCUUCACAAACAAACAGUAAGCUCUGCUCCGUCCACAUGGAUCCCAAAGCUGAGCUGAAGCUGUACAGACCCCCGGCAGAGGUGAGGGGAAUGACCGUUCUGAACAGAGAAGCUUUCACACAGAGUAUCACCGUCCCGGCUCUACGGGUGUCGCUCAAAGUGCUAAACAAAGUGGUGAAGAGCCUGAAGAGCGUGAUGAUCCAGCGGCCUGGUCUGACCCGCGUUGUUCCUGACGAGGGCAGCAGUGACAGCCGCCUGGUUCUGUUGGAUCCGCAGAAAGUGACCAGUGCCAGCAGCUUCAGUGGACCGGAGGAGGAGGCUCUCAGGGCCUUCUCUGUGGCCCAGGAGCUGCAGGACUAUGAGCUGACUCUGGGCUAUGAGAACCUGAAAAGUGAGGAGGUGUUGGAGGCCGUGCUGCCGCCGGGACAGGACGUGACCUCCGGCUUCAGCAGAGUGGGUCACAUCGCUCACAUGAACCUCAGGGACCACCAGCUGCCCUACAGGAACCUCAUUGGUCAAGUCAUUAUAGAUAAAAACCCUGGGGUGACCUGUGUGGUGAACAAAACAAACAGCAUAGAUUCCACCUACAGAAACUUCAAGAUGGAGGUGAUGGCUGGAGAGGAGAACAUGGUGGCAAAGGUGAAGGAGAACGGCGCCGCGUACGAGUUCGACUUCUCCCGUGUUUACUGGAACCCGCGGCUGAGCACGGAGCACCAGCGCAUCGUGCAGCAGGUGGCGUGCAAAGACACCGUGUUUGACGUGUUCGCAGGAGUCGGACCCUUCGCCGUUCCUGCCGCUCGCUGUGGGGCCACGGUUUACGCCAACGAUCUGAACCCCGAGUCUUUCCGAUGGCUGCAACACAACUGCAAACUCAACAAAGUGGAAACCAGAGUGAGAACAUUUAACAUGGACGGCCGAGCCUUCAUCCGGGGCGCCGUGCGAGACGAGCUGCCCGCUCUGCUGAGGCACAAGGCCGCGGUGCACGUGGUCAUGAACCUCCCGGCUCUCGCCAUUGACUUUUUAGACGCUUUCCGAGGUCUGCUGCAGGACGAGCCUCCUCCAGACGCAUCGCUGCCCACCGUGCACUGCUACGGCUUCUCGAAAGAGGAGGAUGCGGCCCGGGACGUCACGCAGAGAGCUUCGGACGCCGUGGGAGUCUCGCUGGAAAACCGGAGCGCCGUGCAUUUCGUGCGGAACGUGGCACCGAACAAAGACAUGCUGUGUGUGAGCUUCAGGGUUCCCAGAGAGGUCCUGUGCAGCAGCGAGUCCACAGCCGCAGAGUCUGCAGACGAACCGGCCUCAAAGCGCCAGAAAUGUGAAGAUGCUGCUCAGACGACGUGA